ACAGAAGGCAGUAAACAGGCAGUGUGCUGGGCUGCUCCUUCUAAGAUGGAUACAACAAGUAAGGCUCCAUCUAAGCUGAUGGCAGAUGCCCAGAAAAUUCACAAGAAGAAUGUCAGCAAUGAUGAUGGUGAAAGAGUUCACAUUCCUGAUAACUUUGAGGACUCAGAUUCUGACAAUGACUCUUUUGCUAUCAAACUAUCUAUGUUGGCUGGUCUGGAAACUGAGGGUCAAACUUCCAAGCAAGUUCUAGGGGAACCUUCUGAACAAAUCUGGUUUGUGAAUGAGAUCAAUGCUGUGAAUAUUGAAAAGCCAACUGAGAAAGUUUUGACUGGUAUCACUGAGGUUGAAGGACAUACAAGCAUUGUGAAAGCUUCUCAAUCUGUGUGUUCUCCUGAGAUUUUCAUACCUGAUGAUAAUAUAAUUACAACUCAAGAAAGUGUUGGUAUGGAGCUUGACAAGGAGUCUUCGGUUGUAGAGGCUCUAGAUCAACCCAACCACAAAAUGGAAAAUGAUGUUGAAGCAGCUCAAGUUCAAGAAAGAAGGAGGAGUGAAAGGCUCAAGAAAGAUACAACAGUCCAUACUAUGGAGAAAGCUGAAAAGAGGGCUCAGAAGGCUAAUCUGGAAGGUUUGUAUGAGGAUCUGGACAAGGAAGAACUGUCGGCUGGUGCUGAGACAAUGCUGAAGAUUGCGCUGCAAUUGGUGGGUAAAGCUAAAGGUCCCCAAGAUCAAGAAGUGAUAAACGGAAGAGAUGCUGAUGCCGAAGACCACUGAUUGUCCUACGGCUCUGUGGUUGCUGUUUUGCUACCCUUUGUUUUGCUGGAGUAGCUGGAAGUCUACUUUUACCCUGGAUGUAAUCCUUCUGGUUAGUUUCCUUUUGUCCGGUGGCGUUGAGAGAUUAGUUGAGAAUGCUGUAGUUCGUCCUUUUUGGGUAGUAGUAAGUGUUGGUCUCUAGAUUUCUGAUCCUAUCUAAACUCUUUGUACGAACUGUAUUUCCGUU